UCAGAGGGGUCGGAGCCGGCAGGGAGCGACAGCCGGAAGGGAAGCUCCGCCCCCGGGGAACAAGGACAGCCUUUCAAAUCUCAGCUUCUCCUCCAGCAGGCGGAGUAUCCAUCUUCCUGGCCUUGCCGGGGGCGGAGGGGGGAGCCCCAGGAAACUCACACAGCACGGCCCCAGGUUCCAGUCCGGAUUGGGGAAGUGAAAGUCGUCUAGAGGAGGCCUCGGCCUAUCCUGUGACCCGGCGCCCCACGGUGCCAAUACAGAUUACUGGACCUCAGCCCCAUGGCCGCGCCGAGCUCACUACUCGUGGCUGCGCUGCUGUGGGUCCCUGUAGGAGCUCUGACCUGCUACGGAGACUCGGGACAGCCUGUAGACUGGUUCGUCGUCUACAAACUACCAGCCCAGAGCGGGCCCGGGGAUGCGGAACAGAGAGGGCUGCGAUACAAGUACUUGGACGAGGGCUCAGGGGGCUGGCGCGACGGCGUGGUGCCCAUCAACAGCUCGGCGGGGGCCGUGGGCCGCAGCCUGCUGCCGCUGUACCGGAACAAUGCCAGCCAGCUCGCUUUCCUGCUCUACAAUGACCAGCCACCUAAAUCCAGCGGGGCCCAGGACUCUUCCAGCCGGGGGCACACGAAGGGUGUGCUGCUCCUGGACCAAGAAGGGGGCUUCUGGCUGGUCCACAGUGUUCCACGCUUCCCUCCACCUGCUUCUGCUGCAUACAGCUGGCCUUAUAGUGCCCACACCUAUGGUCAGACCCUGCUCUGUGUGUCUUUCCCCCUCACCCAGUUCCUGAAUAUUGGAAGACAGCUGACCUACACCUACCCCCUAGUGUAUGACCAUAAGUUGGAAGGGGCUUUUGCCCAGGAAUUUCCCCACCUGAAGGAGGUGAUCAAAGGCCACCACAUUCGUCAGGGACCCUGGAACAGCAGUAUAACACUCACAUCAAAGGCAGGGGCCACCUUCCAGAGCUUUGCCAAAUUUGGAAACUUUGGAGAUGACCUGUACUCUGGCUGGUUGGCAGAAGCCCUUGGCAGCAACUUGCAGGUCCAGUUCUGGCAAAAUUCUCCUGGUAUCCUGCCCUCCAACUGUUCUAGGGCCCGGCAUGUGCUGGAUGUGACCCAGACAGCCUUCCCUGGGCCAACUGGGCCAACCUUCAAUGCCACAGAAGACCACUCCAAGUGGUGUGUAGCCCCAGAAGGGCCCUGGGCCUGUGUGAGUGACAUGAAUCGGAACCUCAGAGAGGAGCACCGGGGAGGGGGCACACUGUGUACCCAGCUGCCAACCCUCUGGAAAGCCUUCCAGCCUCUAGUGAAGGCAUGGGAGCCCUGUGGGGAGGAGAGCAGGGUAUUCUCUGCAGGAAGCCCAGUGGACCAUAAAAGAGCUAAAGCUCAGGAGCGAGUUUAGACUUCAGCUUGAACCCCAGUUUAGUUAAUUAACCUGUGACUCAGUCUACCCAUCUGCAACAUGGAAGUACUAACACAAAGACUCAAGAUUUUUCAGGAAUAAAAGGAAAGUGGUGGCCAGG